AUGAAAAGCACCUCUUGCUGCCGUGAGAAAAGGAGCUUUACGCGCAAGCGCCUCGAAAUUCCGAGCUUUUCGGGCCACGCGGUGGCGACAGUUCUCUCUCAAACCGCGAAACUCCCGCCGGCGCCGUUCUCGAUCCGAGGUUAUAGCGGAAUUUUAUACCCUCGUCAUGCCCUUACGAAGCCGGAAGUGUGUGAUAUAAAGCUAUGUCGCCACCACCUCUACCACCAUCUACACAACCAUUGUGUAAAAAUGCGAGUGAGUUUAGUUCAUUCAGUGAAUAUCAAAAUCGUGCAUCAAGAAGUUGUAUAUGGCAAAAAUAGAGUGAAUUUUUGUCAUCACAUUACUUAAAUCCCACAACUACUGUUGAAUUUUCUAUUUAAAAAAAAAAAUAUUUAAAUAUAAAAAAAAAAUAAUCAACUGCUAAAAAUACAGUUUAAUAGUUGGAAAAAAAAUGUUCUAAA